AGCUAUAGUACAACCUACUUUUAUCUGCGGACGAGCAACAUCGAGGGGAACAUGUGAUGACUACUGCAAGUUUUUAUGAUAAGUGCUUUUAAACAAAAAACGCACACCCUUCAAAGAAUCCUUUUUACUAUCUUCUUAGUGGAGAUAAAAGAGGUGGCAUCAUGCACAUUUUACAACGCUAACACCUUCUCCUUCGAGCACUGGAACUGUCCCGAGCAUCAGAUCUGUUGUAUCUACUACGGUGCAAAAAGCUGCUGCAGGGAGAAGGAGGCGUACAUGAACACGGGAUAUGGCUCACAAGGAGACCAAGGCAACCACCACGGUAGCCAUCAUUUCAAUUGGAGUGGAAACAUCGUCUACUACCUUAAAACUCACUACACGGAGGUGUUGGUAGUACUGUCGAUGCUGUUUAUACUCGUAAUGUUGGUUAUCUGCUGUCUACAGUGGAAGAAGAAUAUGGAAGAUGAGGCUGAAGAAGAGGAGUUGUUUAGGAUCAACCAGAUGAUUGCCAUUUCUGAAGGGCGAGGUACAGGGGGUUCCCUCUACAGACCACAACCUCUGUGUCCCUUACGUCACGGAGAGGAACCUUCUGAGAAUACAACCAUCACCUCCCAACAACCCCCGUCUUACGACAGUGUAUCUAAAGAUAACGAUCAGCCUCAAGCUGGUGCUGCUCAUUUAACUACACCACCUCCUCCAUACAAACCAUAACUUUUACUUGGGUAUUAUGGUAUUUAAAUUAUUUACUAGUGUUCAUCUAAAAUAAUCAAAUUUAAAAUUUGAAAUCAUGCAUACCACAUUGCUCAUGAUAUGGCCAGUGCAAAAUAUGUUGCAAACAGGUAGUAUUUCUAGACUUUGUAGCUAUAAACAAUACGUAUGUGUGCUCAUGAUUUGAACUUUCAGUGUGAUAUAUUUUUAGAUGUCUGAUUUUAUUUUAUUCGUGUCAGGAGCAUUCUUUUUCGACAGCAUGGUGACUUUUUAGAAUUUUGCUUGGGAAACUUAAAUUGUUAAUUACAGAGAUAGAAGUGGUUAAAGAAUCAAUGUUACGACAGGAC